UGAUACUAAAACAAAACCAAACAAAAUUAGUUUAAAAGUUUAUUUAUUUGUAUAAGAAAUUGUUGCUACACAUGGCGCCCAAAAAAAAGAUCAGAGAUCUAAAAAAAUUAUAUGAGGAACGCUGGCAAUAUCCGCCGGCAAUAAAAGCAAAGAAAAUAAAAUACACCGCCUGUGGGGAACUUGCUCGAUAUGGAAUCAAAGAGCCAUAUGAACCAUGUUGGAAAUUCCCACUGGCCACGUCAACUAACGUGCGCUUUGGACCUUGCUGGGAGUACCCGCCGGAGCGGUACAAGCGACGACCUUUGCCUCCACCAUGUCGAGGUUCCAGAGCGCCCCCUGAACUCUUGGAGCCCUGCUUUACGAAGUGUGAAACGCUCUACACGCGCUUUGAUUUUCAACUGGAGCAGUGUGUGCAUGAACAGAUUUUAGUUAUUCAGCAGAAAUAUUCUAACUUGGAACUUCAACUAACUGAGGCCAAAGCUUUUCAAAUUGAGAAGGCCGAGCAGAUGCGUUAUCAGGCAAUAAGGUAUCAGCUCUUAACAAGCUCUGCAUGCUGCACAAAAAUCUAUCCCGAGUACCUUAGCAAAAUGGCGGAGGAACGUGCUCUCUGUGAGUUUCAAAAAGCAUACGAUGCAAUCAAUCAAAGCAACAAUGAAUUAGGGUCCUCCGUUUUAGACAUAGACAACAGUAUGCCGGAAUUGGAAAAGCGUUUGAAAAAGAUAGAUCGUUCUCUGCGCAGUCCCUUUCUGAUGGAACUGCAUACGGUCCUAGAGACUAUCGAGAAUCUUAGUAAUUACUUUUUUGGUGUCACAAGAAAGUUGAAAAUCUGGGCACAACUGAUGCAGCCAACGAAUGAACACUCAAUCGAGGACUAUUUGGCCUUAUUAAAGAUGAAUCAGGACUUUAGCAGUCUAAUGAGAGCUGGUAGUGAAAAGUGCACAUGCAAACGGUGUGACAACAAAAAUCCUUUACUACCAUAUGUCCCAUGUUGGAGCCAACCGAGCAUCGUCGAUGAUUCAAUCAAGAAGAGGCCAAUAAAAGAUUUUCUCUGCAGCUUACCAAUUGCAUUCCGUCCGAAGGCAUUCGAGGAAUCCAGCAGCUCCUCCAAAUUACAAGACAUCAGUGUUUCCUCUACUAAACCUUAAAUAUAUAUAUAUAUAUUA